CGAGUGGGUGUGAGCCUUGGGGGCCGGCCAAACUUCCUGUCCCGCGCUGCCGCUGCUUCCGGCGGGAGCCGGAAGACGCUGUGUGUGGACGGAAUUCGGGACCGACUGACGGCUAGCAGGCUGCCCGGGACGGGGAGGCUAAAUUGAUUAUCCACUCAGCACAGCAUCUUACAGGAAAAGCAUAGCAUUUCCUAAAGGAAUAUGAGCAUAGCAGGAAGGUGUCAUUGACUCUGAAUUAAAUUUUUAACCUGUCCCCUCAACAGCUACAGGAUUUGGAAGCUGAAUCAAUGUUAUCAGAUGAGUUAGAAUCCAAACCAGAGCUCCUGGUACAGUUCGUUCAGAAUACAUCUAUCCCAUUGGGACAGGGGCUAGUAGAAUCAGAAGCUAAAGACAUUACUUGCUUGUCCCUCCUUCCGGUGACUGAGGCCUCAGAAUGCAGUCGGCUAAUGUUACCAGAUGAUACUCCAAGUCAUACAAACUCCUCCAAGGAGGUCCCUUCCUCGGCCGUGUUGAGAAGCCUUCAGGUGAAUGUGGGUCCAGACGGAGAAGAGACGAGGGCUCAGACUGUACAGAAGUCCCCGGAGUUUUUGUCCACUCCAGAGUCUCCUAGCUUGUUGCAAGAUCUACAGCCAAGUGAUAGCACUUCUUUUAUUCUUCUUAACCUAACAAGAGCAGGUCUGGGCUCUUCAGCUGAGCACUUAGUAUUUGUACAAGAUGAGGCGGAGGAUUCAGGGAAUGAUUUCCUCUCCAGUGAGAGCACGGAUAGUAGUAUUCCAUGGUUCCUCCGGGUUCAGGAGUUGGCUCAUGAUAGUUUGAUUGCUGCUACUCGCGCACAACUGGCAAAGAAUGCAAAAACCAGCAGCAAUGGAGAGAAUGUCCACCUUGGUUCUGGAGAUGGGCAGCCCAAAGAUUCUGGGCCCCUUCCUCAAGUGGAAAAGAAACUCAAAUGUACAGUUGAAGGCUGUGACCGGACAUUUGUGUGGCCAGCUCACUUCAAGUACCAUCUCAAAACUCAUCGAAAUGACCGCUCUUUCAUCUGUCCGGCGGAAGGUUGUGGGAAAAGCUUUUAUGUGUUGCAGAGGCUGAAGGUGCAUAUGAGGACUCAUAAUGGGGAGAAGCCCUUUAUGUGCCCCGAGUCUAGCUGUGGUAAGCAGUUCACUACAGCUGGAAAUCUGAAGAACCACUUGCGCAUCCAUACAGGAGAGAAGCCUUUCCUUUGUGAAGCCCAAGGAUGUGGCCGUUCCUUUGCUGAGUAUUCUAGCCUCCGAAAACAUUUGGUGGUUCACUCAGGAGAGAAGCCCCAUCAGUGUCAAGUAUGUGGGAAGACCUUCUCUCAGAGUGGGAGUAGGAAUGUGCACAUGAGAAAGCAUCAUUUGCAGCUAGGAGCAGCUGGGAGUCAAGAGCAGGAGCAAACUGCUGAGCCAUUAAUGGGCAGUAGUUUGCUUGAAGAGGCUUCAGUAACCAGUAAAAACCUGGUGCCUAUGAAUUCCCAGCCCAGCCUUGGUGGAGAGUCCUUGAACCUACCAAAUACCAAUUCUAUCCUAGGAGUUGAUGAUGAGGUGCUUGCUGAAGGAUCCCCACGUCCCCUGUCUUCAGUGCCUGAUGUGACACAUCACUUGGUGACCAUGCAGUCAGGGAGGCAGUCAUAUGAGGUUUCUGUCUUAACUGCUGUAAAUCCACAGGAGUUACUAAACCAAGGAGAUUUAACUGAAAGACGGACAUGAGCAUGGGUGUCAACUCCUGGAAGAGCAGCCCUGUCUGAUCCCAGAGUGCACACAGUGGGAACAGGAUGCUUAUGGCUCACGAUCUGCCAGAACCAAAAUGAAUCUGUGAAAGACAGGACCCCGCUUUGGCCUCUGUUCAUCUUUCCUGACAUAGAAGAUGAAUGUAGGAGAGCUUCUCUUCAAACUACAUCUGAUCCAGACAAGGAAGAAAGCAGUGAAUGUGGGCUGGGUAACUGUACCUACCUCUCUUCCCACUAUAAAAUUUUGGGAUGGACUUCUCCCAAAAGUGAAUUUGAUUUUGUGUUGGCUGAAAUUUCUUCAGUAUGACUGUUGAGAAGGGGUUUUCCUUUGAAGAAUUUUCAUCCCAGAUUCAGCUGUCUUUUCACAUGGAUCAACUAAGCCCUGCCACCAACCAUAAAACUUCACCAAGAAGCUGAGCUUUCAAGAUGCCUUGUUGCUUUGGAGAAGGGAGUGAUGUCAAUUCUGUUGUGGCAUACUCCCUUUAGCAACCUGAGUAAGACUCUCUGCCACUGGGCUGCAAAAAAAUAAAUUACUUGAAUCCCUACCUGGCCCAGGCUGAGGUACUAUCUUGUCACAUCCACCUCUACUUGGCCACUUUGCUCUCUUUGUUUAUGGAAUAUACGAUAGCAUGUUAAAAGGGUUUUUUGUUUUCUUGUUUUUUUUUUAAAGUUAACUAUCACAUGAUUCAGAGCUUCAGUUGUUUUCCCUUUAAAUAAACAAGACAGCCCAGUAA